CCCGGUGGUUAUUGUCGCGUGCUCCUUCCUCUCGCUCCUCCUGGCUAGCUCGCAGCUAGGCUAACGAAACAAACCUUUAAACCAGCAGUUUGACUAUUAUGACUGUUCGGAGCAGCGCGGCAUAGUUCAUCUCUUUUCCCGUCGUGUUGAAAGAGUGAGAGUUGACAAAAUGAACAUACGAAACGCGAGGCCCGAAGACCUGAUGAACAUGCAGCACUGCAACCUGCUGUGUCUUCCAGAAAACUACCAGAUGAAGUACUACUUCUACCACGGGCUGUCAUGGCCGCAGCUCUCCUACAUUGCAGAGGACGAAAACGGAAAAAUCGUGGGAUAUGUGUUAGCAAAGAUGGAGGAGGAUCCAGAUGAUGUACCUCACGGACACAUCACAUCUCUGGCGGUGAAGCGAUCCCACAGGCGUCUCGGCCUGGCUCAGAAGCUGAUGGACCAGGCCAGUCGAGCCAUGAUAGAAAACUUCAACGCCAAAUACGUCUCGCUUCACGUUCGUAAAAGCAACCGAGCAGCCCUGCAUCUGUACUCCAAUACACUUAAAUUCCAGAUUAGUGAAGUCGAGCCUAAAUACUACGCAGACGGGGAGGAUGCCUACGCCAUGAAGAGGGAUCUGGCCCACAUGGCGGAUGAGCAGCUGAGGAAACCCGGGGUGCGCCUGUCGGGUCCGGAGGCGCCGUCCGGCCAGAGUCCGUCGGGCUCCGGCGACCAGGAGAGGGAGAGCGAGAGGGACAGCGGGGGAGAGAGCAAAGAGCUGAGCGAAGUCAGCGAGGCCACAGAAAGCACAGACGUUAAAGAUUCCUCCUCCGACUCGCAAUGACGCCGCACACCCAGACAUUUUUAAAACCAUCCUCUUUUUAUCUGCGCUUUCACGGAUUGCCGCGCCUGUGCAUUAAAGAGCAACAUUUUCAUCACCAGAGUUCUUCUCUUCUGCUGUGACUCGACAGACUUCUCCAAAUUAAACCUAAACUACUGCCUGAACAUCUUUAUUUGACUCCUGCUGGCAACAUGUGGAGGCCCAGAUCUAAAGACAACUUGUGCUUUUUAAUUCGGUCUUAAGUUUUUUUAAAGAAGAGUAAUGCAAAUAAAUCUUUCAAACAGUG